AUGGCGGGCCCAGCAAGAGGUUCCCGCGUCGUCUUUGUCGGUAACAUCCCAUAUGACAUGUCCGAGGAGCAACUCACCGACGUCUUUCGAGAGGUCGGCAAGGUGGUCGGUUUCCGUCUGGUCAACGAUCGAGACACGGGCAAGUUCAAGGGCUACGGCUUUUGCGAGUUCGAGGAUCCCGAGACGGCUGCUUCGGCGGUACGAAACCUGAACGAGGUCGAAGUGGGGGGUCGACCUCUGCGUAUCUCGUUUGCCGAUAUCGAUCCGCUUAUGGAAGGACGCUCAACACAACACGGCCAAUUCGAUCAGGACGACCUGCGCAGAAGAGCUGCAGCCGUAGGGCGAGCAGGACGCCCAGGAACAUUCGGCCAUGGUGGAACCACCAGAGGCGGAGGUGUCGUCGGUGGAGGAUGGCAGCAGCGCCCGCCCACGGAUAACGGAUUCGGGCAGAGGCCUUACGGUGGUGGCCCCGGCGGACCACCCUACGGUGGUCCGGGGGGACCUGCUGCUGGCGGCUACGGGGUUCCAGCAGCGGCCGGAGGCGGUCCUUACACGCUCCCGCCCAACCUGCCUGCUGGCGUGCCCCUCCCCGCAGGCGUUGGCUCGACGGAUGCCAUCACCCAAACACUGGCGACGCUGCCGCCAAAUCAACUGCUCGACAUCAUGAGUCAGAUGAAGUCUCUUGUCGCUAACUCACCUGAUCAAGCACGCGCUCUGCUCUCAGGACAUCCGCAGCUCGCGUACGCGUUGUUUCAGGCCAUGCUCAUGAUGAACGUUGUCGACCCGGACAUUCUGCAACGCAUUCUUGCAGCCUCGGGCGCUGUACCCGGUGCAGCUGCCGCCGCGCCUGCACCUCCUGCGAGCGUGCCACCGCACAUGCAACAGCCAGGCAACAACAACAAUGGCGGCUCUGCCACUCCUCCCCAACACUACGGCAACGCUGCACCGGGGCCAAGGUACCCUGCGCAGGCACGUCCACCUCCCGCCCCGUACGCGCAGCCUGGUUAUGGUGGCCAACCACAGGGAGGCGCACCAGCCAACGAUCCGGCAGCAGCACUGGCAGGGCAGAACUUACCCGAAGAACAAAAAGCGCUUCUUAUGCAGGUGCUCCAGCUCACCCCGGAACAGAUCAAUGCUUUGCCUCCCGAUCAAAAGGCAAGCAUCAUGCAGCUCAAGGCGCAAUUUGGCCAGGCUUGA